AAUUAUGCUCACCCAUCAUUUAAACAAAAAGAGGAUGCUUUAUUUCAAAUUAUUAGCAGCGUGGGAAUUUUACCUGCAUCCAAUGAUCAUGUACCAAAUGGAUAUUUUUUAGAUGGACAUUCUGUAACUAAACCAUUCCGCCCACCUCUUUUAACUAAAAAACUUCUAUUGCACAUUAAUGCAACUAAACCUAUACCUACUCUUGGUG